AAGGUCGCCGCGCGGUCGGGGGGUCACGCGGGCCUCGCGCUUCCGGGCACGUGGCCGGUGCUGGCGGAAGUCGGCGGGCUCGCGCCGGGCGGAAGCGGGGCGGCGGCGGCGGCGGCGGGGCGGGCCGGGGGCCAUGGAGGGUCCCGGUCCGGCCGCGGAGAGCCCGGCGGAGCAGGGCCCGGCGGGGCCGGAAGGGGAGUCCCACAGCGGCGUCUACAGCGGCUUCAUGAAGUCCCACCGCUGCUACGACCUGAUCCCCACCAGCUCCAAGUUGGUCGUCUUCGACACCUCAUUGCAGGUGAAGAAGGCUUUCUUCGCGCUGGUUACCAACGGCGUGCGGGCCGCCCCGCUGUGGGACAGCAAGAAGCAAAGCUUUGUGGGGAUGCUGACCAUCACCGACUUCAUCAACAUCCUGCACCGCUACUACAAGUCCCCAAUGGUGCAGAUCUAUGAGCUGGAGGAGCACAAAAUAGAGACGUGGAGAGAGGUCUACUUACAAGACUCCUUCAAGCCGCUGGUCUGCAUCUCCCCCAACGCCAGCCUCUUUGACGCCGUCUCAUCCCUGAUCCGGCAUAAGAUCCACCGCUUGCCAGUAAUCGACCCGGAUUCGGGCAACACGCUCUACAUCCUCACCCACAAACGCAUCCUCAAGUUCCUCAAACUCUUUAUAACGGAGGUCCCAAAGCCUCAGUUUAUGGCUAAAACUUUGGAAGAGCUACAGAUCGGCACCUAUAGCAACAUCGCGGUGGUGCGGACCAGCACGCCGAUCUACGUGGCUUUGGGGAUCUUCGUGCAGCACCGCGUGUCUGCUCUGCCCGUCGUCGAUGAUUCGGGGCGGGUCGUGGAUAUCUACUCCAAGUUUGAUGUCAUUAACCUGGCGGCCGAGAAGACCUACAACAACCUGGACGUGACGGUGACGCGGGCGCUGCAGCACCGCUCCCACUACUUCGAGGGCGUCCUCAAAUGCUACAAGCACGAGACGCUGGAAACCAUCAUCAACCGUCUGGUGGAGGCCGAGGUGCACCGGCUGGUGGUGGUGGACGAGAGCGACGUGGUCAAGGGGAUCAUCUCUCUCUCGGACAUCCUGCAAGCCCUGGUUCUCCCGGAGGGCCACAAGCCCUGAGACGGUGGCGGGAGGGGACCCGGCCUGCCCCGUUGCCCCCGCCCUCCUCUCCUGCCCCGCCGCGCCCCCUCCCCAGGGCUGGUGGGGCAGCCGGGCGGGGGGAUCCACUCACCAGCAGCAUCGAGCAAUAACCUCCAGCCGUGGGGCAGCUCCCGCCGCGGCCGAGCCCUCCGCCUCCAGCCCUUCCCGGGCGGGAGAGCCCACCGGGGCUGCGCCGGGGAGCCUUGGCCAGGCUGGCGGGUCACUUGGGGCCCCCCUCGACCCCCCCCGGGGUGCCACAGAGCCCCGAGCCGCGUUUGGUCGCCCCCGGCCCCCCCACGCCGGUCCUGGGCCCUGUCAGUGUCAGGCCCCGCUGACCCUCGUCGCCCUCCCCGUGGCUCCCUCCACGUGGGGUUUUACCGAGUUUGGUUUUAACCGCCCUCCCUUGGCUCCGUCCACCCCGGGGCUGCCCCCCACCCCGGGGCUGCCCCCCCUGCCGCGCGCCCCGGGCCGCCCUCCGCUUCGGCGGGGAGCGUCCCUCGCCGGGGCCGCGUCUUCGCCCCUCACUGCUUGUGCGUGGAGAGAAACCGCGAAUAAAACACAGACCUGGCACGUCG